AUGGCGCAAAAUAUUGACACUAUUUACAUUCUCUAUGCUUCACAAUCAGGUACUUCGGAAUAUUUGGCCACUGAAUUGAAUGAUCAAUUAUCAUCAAGUGUUGUGGAUUCUAUCGAAAAUUUUGAAAAGUAUUUAAAUGAUGAAAAAUUGGAGAAGAAGAGUUUGUUCCUCUUCAUUAUUAGCACAUCAAUUGAAGGAUCACCACCAGAUGCCAUGACUGAUUUUCACUAUUGGAUGACUGGUGCAUCAGCUAGUAAAUUGUUUAAUCAUGAAAAUUUUGAAUAUUCAAUUCUCGGAAAUGGAAAUUCAAAUUAUGCUGAAACUUAUCAACAAGCUUCAAGAAAUGUCAAAACGUUAUUGAGUGCCAUUAAGAGUCCAUUUGUUGAAUGUAGAGAAGGUGAUCAAGCUGAAGGAAAUUCUGAAGAAAUGCUCAAUGAAUGGAAAGCUGAUAUCAAGAAUAAAUUAUCUCAAUAA